UAUUUUACAGAUUCAAAUCGCUUAUAUUUGUUCAAAUGUCUAUUUGUAAGCGACCCGCAGGGACGCGGGAAGUCCUCCUUGGUCUUCUGGAUGAUAUAGAACUGAUCAUAAAGGAGAUGAUAGAAGGCGCCAUUGGUGGACUGCAAGGCCAACGUGCGUUUAGCGUCGAUCAGAAGAUGUUGACUGAUUUGCUAAUUACGAAACAGAAUGAUUUGAAACGGGGAUUACAAUUGGCUGCGGAGCAAGCCGUGAUAGAGGAGAAAAUCACGAUUGUACAAGCUCAGGUGGACAAGCAGCACGAGGAAAUUCGGCUUCUUCAGACCAGAUUAAAAGAUGCCGAGCAUGCCUUGGCGACGGCAAUUUUCCAAGCGAAACAGAAGCUAGCUUCAAUUCAAAAGGCCAACAAGCGGCCCGUCAGUUCCGAGGAUUUGAUAAAAUAUGCUCACAGAAUCAGUUGUACGAAUGCGGUUCAAGCCCCUCUGAAUUGGCAGCAGGGAGAUCCUAGGAGACCCUAUCCAACUGACAUCGAAAUGCGUUGUGGAUUCUUGGGAAGAACCGGAGAGCUUCCUCUGCAAUAUCCACCUGGCACUCCGAUGGGCCUGGGGUUAGACGCUUUUGGAGGAGUAAAAUUUCCCACGCCUCCGUUGCCUACAAUAGGAGUCGGAGAUGUGGGAGUUCCUGGAGGUGCCGGUGGAUUUGGGUCGAAUUAUCCAUGGAAUUCGUCUGAUAUACAUUUGGCGAUGGGAAAGGGAGAUAUGAAAUCUCGCGAUAAUGCCGAAGACGUCGAAGUUAUUUGCAGUGUCGUGAUGAUCGCUUCGCGAUGUCCUGUGAGCACAAGCGUGAAAAAAGCGAAGCUUCUGACACCCUGCGCGGUUGUGAUCGGACAGGAACGAAAUGUGGCUUUUAUUGUUGCCCGGGUUUUACGCGGGGCUCUGAAGAUACGGUACCUUCUUUUGGGUGGAGCUCUGGGUGGUGGCUACCAACUGCAAAAGACUUUUGACAGUUGGAGAGAAAAGGUUCCGGACCUAAAAUGGGUCGAAGAUUAUUUCCCGGAUGCAUCGAAUUUGGACAAGUUUCGGGGUACCAUGCUAACCUUUCGAGACCGGCUCUCGGAAGGAAUCGAAGAAAUCCAACUAGAUCCUAAACUAAAGGCGAUGGGCAUAGAGACCUACAACGACCUGAAAUCUUGGUUCGAUCAUCACGUCAAUGAAGCCCUUCGGAAAGCGGAAGAGCGGAAAGAGCUUGCUUUAGAGGUCAGGCGGAAAUCUGAAGUUAUCCCGGUUACCGGACGAUUUUCUGCGGGUCAAGAUUCCCCACUCGGUUUCGCCACCGAUUUAUCCGCUACCGAAGGAGACUUUCGGGAGUACGAGUCGCCGUUUAAGUUUGGCUUGAGCGUGAAGGCCGCAUCGGCGGAUAAUGCGGAAGAAAGCAGAAGGAUCGCGGAUUUGCGAGAAAAGCUGCAGAAGAAGGAAGGCGAAGUAAUGCAAGUACAGUUGAAGUACCAACGGGAACUCGAGAAAAUAGAGCGGGAAAACCGGGAAUUGCGGAAACAGCUAAUGUUGUCCGCGCGAGAGAAAGUGUCCAACAAGAAAAUCAAGAAAUCUCUAAUUGAUAUGUAUUCCGAGGUUUUAGACGAACUCAGCGGUUACGAUUCGAGCUAUAAUACGCAAGAUCAUUUGCCUAGAGUGGUUGUGGUUGGCGAUCAGAGCUCAGGAAAAACGUCUGUACUCGAGAUGAUCGCUCAAGCAAGGAUUUUCCCGAGGGGAGCUGGAGAAAUGAUGACGCGUGCUCCUGUUCAAGUCACUUUGAGCGAAGGCCCGUAUCAUGUCGCGCAGUUCAAAGAUUCCGACAGAGAGUUCGAUUUGACGAAAGAGUCUGAUUUGGCGGAUCUUCGGCGAGAGGUGGAAUUGAGAAUGAUCAACAGCGUUCGCGGAGGGAAAACCGUGAGUAACGAAGUGAUUUCCAUGACGGUCAAAGGACCCGGUUUACAGCGAAUGGUACUUGUUGACCUGCCCGGCAUUAUUAGUACUCAAACGAAUGAAAUGGCGGCAGAUACUAGGGACUCGAUCCGCCAAAUGUCACAGACGUUCAUGUCGAAUCCCAACGCCAUAAUUCUGUGCAUUCAAGAUGGAUCCGUUGAUGCUGAAAGAAGUAAUGUUACUGAUCUUGUUUCGCAAAUGGAUCCUUUGGGUAAGCGCACGAUAUUUGUUUUGACGAAGGUAGAUCUUGCCGAAGAAAAUCUUGCUAAUCCGAAAAGGGUCAAGAAGAUUUUAUCCGGUUCAUUAUUCCCGAUGAAAGCACUAGGAUACUUUGCCGUUGUUACUGGACGUGGUAACAAGAACGAUUCUAUAUCGGACAUCAAAAACUAUGAAGAGAAAUUUUUUAGGGAUUCGCAAAUAUUUAGGCAUGGAAUAGUGAAUUCGACGCAGUUGACGACGAGGAACUUGAGUUUUGCUGUCAGUGAGUUGUUCUGGAAAAUGGUUCGAGAAACCGUUGAGCAGCAAGCUGAUGCAUUUAAAGCUUCGAGAUUCAAUCUGGAAACCGAGUGGCGGCACAACUUUCCAAGAUUGAGGGAAUUGGAUAGAGAUGAACUCUUUGAAAAGGCAAGGGGCGAAAUCCUGGACGAAGUUGUCGCACUUGGCCAGUUGUCAGCAAAAGAAUGGGAAGAAAUGCUGAGCAAGAAAAUAUGGUCUCGGGUAGCUCCGUAUGUGUUCGACAGUAUUUAUCUUCCAGCUGCCGCCAGCACGAAUAACGCCGGAACAUUUAAUACCACCGUGGAUAUCAAGCUGAAGGAAUGGGCCGAGCGACUAUUGCCCGAAAAAUGCGUUGAAGUUGGAUGGGAAACCUUGCGAGAAGGGUUUUCUAGUCUCAUCGAAAAGACCAAAGGUGCGAAAGACCACGAUGCCAUUUUCGACGUAUUGAAGCAGGCCGUGGUUGAAGAAGCUUGUGGCAGACAUCAUUGGGAAGAUAAGGCAGAAGAGGUUUUGCGAGUUAUUCAAUUAAAUACUUUGGAAGAUCGAGCGGUAGCUGAGAAGCAUCAAUGGGACGAAGCCGUGAAAUUUCUCGAAAUGUCGCUUGGAGAACGGUUACAGCAAACGGAAGAUAUAUUGAAAGAAAUGACUGGACCGGGAGCGUGGGAGCGUUGGGUUUACUGGAAGUACGCAAACGCGGAUCAAGGCAUUCGUCGCCAAACGAGGAGCGAACUAGAACGCCUUAUUCGUUCCGACGAUGAACACGCGCCAAUGUUGUCUUACGAAGAGUUGACAACGGUGAGAAAAAAUCUACAGACCGUGAAUGUGGAUGUGGACAAAGACUUCAUCAGGGAGACGUGGCGGCCUGUUUUCCGCCGCCAUUUCCUGAAAAAGCGUCUACAGCGGGCGAUUGACUGUCGGAAAGGCUUCUACAUGUACCACCAAGGUCUCGCGUGUGAGCUUGACUGCAACGACGUCGUCCUGUUUUGGAGAAUACAACAGAUGCUGCGCGUGACUGUCAACGCUCUGCGGCAACAAGUUGUUAACCGGGAAGCCCGUCAUCUUGAACGAGAAGUGAAAAGUGUUCUCGAAGACUUUAGUCAAGACUUUGAAAAGAAGCAGCACCUGCUUACCGGUCGGAGAGUUUCAUUGGCGGAAGAACUGAAAAAGGUCCGGCAAAUCCAGGAUAAAUUGGAGGAGUUCAUUCAAGCGCUAAGUCAAGAAAAGUGAACCCCACUUGGGCAGUCGCGUCGGUCUUACGAUCGAAAGUGCAAUUCGAGUGCGUUGAGAAGUUGAUUCUUCUUAAAACGUUACAAAAAAUGUUGAUUUUGGUGUAAUCGGCACAUUUGUCGUUUGCGUUCAACGUUUUGUAUUAGUUCCGCAUUCAGCCGAGUGAGCCGCAGUAGUUCAUCGCUUUCUUCCUUUCCCCUUCAUCUACUUGUUCGGCGAGGGAGAGGUUUUUUGUUUUCGUGCCUGUUGAAUUUUCCAAUCAAACUUGUUGGCUUGUCCUCGGUUAUUUUAUUCCUUGGCUCCGCUGUGAUACGUAAUAAACGAAAGCUCGGUCUAGAAA